ACCAUAAAACAAAACAACAUGUAUUUAUAAAGAGUAAUACUACAAAGCAGUAAGUCAUAAAAUAAAUAUUUUAAUUUUUUUACAUGGAUAGCCAAUGUUUAAAGUGUGUUGUGAUAAGUUCGUCUGGUCAGACUUGUAUAUUUAUUUUUUUGAAAUUUACAGUUAAUAUUCUUGACUAUAUUCAGAGGCACAUCUGUUGCCGGACAAUAUCUUUUGCAACAAAGCCACAUUUUGAUGUGUUUUACAAAAUUAACCCACACAGUUGGAAUCUGAAAAAACGUGAAUUUAGGUAUUUUUCAGUCAGAAGGAACACAACCCAAUCUGUUUUUCCAGAAAUAUGGAUUAUCACUCUACUGGGAUUACAUAUCGAUAAGACAUUCGCUGAUGAUAAGUCAUUAUCAUCAGACAUUAAAUCUUUUCCUUUGAAAAGCUUGGAUGAAAAUUGCGAAGAAGAAUCUUUUGAUAUAGAAAAUGAGGAAGCUAUUCUCAAUGACAAUAAGUAUGAAGAUGAUGAAAUGUGUGUUAUAUCGCCGUUGACAAAGCAACAUGUGGACUCGUUACUUUGCGACAAAAACGGAAUAGAAAUAUCUUUUGAUGGAAAUUUUGGCACCGUUAAUUUGGGUGACAAGAAAUGUUUAACAGUUUCCAUCGGUAAUACAAGUUCCUUGCCUUGUGUAUUGCUAAUGUGCAAGCCGAAUGAAAAUUAUCAGGGAGCUACACAGUUUAAUGUUGACAAAAACCCCAAUUAUCCAAUAUUAAUUCCUCCAAAUGAAUCCUUUGAUGUAAAUGUAACUUGCAUCGCAAGUCAACUAGGUCGGAGUGAACAGCUUCUGUUUUUUCAAUUUGAAGGAUUUACCAUAGAAAGAAUUCUAGAAGUGAAAGUUGAAGAUGCAAAUCAGCAGUUGCCUUUGUCCAAUGCAACUCUUAUACCUAGACACUUGUUUGGUAAUAGAUCAAAAAACUAUAGAGAAGCAUCAGGUUCUCUGAUACCAGGAGAGAGACCUUGCAGGGUUAAAAGUCGAUUCUCUCGAAGACUGCAGACAUUUGCCAUUCCGGAAGAAUUGCAGAGCAUUGCUUUGGAAGGAAAACACAUCGUGCAUAGUGUCCCUGUUCUCACAGAGGAGUUAUCUGUAACAAAUUACAAAGAGAAAUUUCACACUCUGCUUUACCUUGAAGAAAUACAAAUGAAUAUUGACAUGAAAGGCUUUAGUAUGGAUCAGAUUUGUUUUCAACCUUGCGAAGACUAUUUAACAUUAGAGGUACAGGGACUGGCAGAAAACAGGCCCACGCUAUUCGUAGGUGACAGAAUUACAGCCAGUGACCCAGUAGAGAAAUCGAACCCCGUAUACGAAGGAUUUAUUCACAAGAUUGAUAAAAAAAAGAUAUUUGUGAAAUUCAAUAGCAUUUUUCAUAGUAAAUAUAACGGAGAAAGUUAUGAUGUAGAAUUUCAUUAUAACAGAAUGAUCAUGAGAAGAUAUCAUCACGCUAUUGAAGAGGCAUUAAACCUUCCUGAAAAUGUUCUCUUUCCAAGUAAAAUAGUCUGUAAAACACCUCAAGUUCAUCUUUUAGAAACUGAGGCAUCAACACCUGCAACUUCUUGUACACAGAAAGGAGAAUUGGAAAAGAAGGAAUAUAAAAAUAUAAAUUCCAUUCAUCGUAACGGUAACAUCACAUUCUGCUGUCCCGUGGUAAAGAUGGAAGUCCAGUUGCCAAAUAACAGAAAGUCGGUGACAAUUAAGUGGCAUAACAAGUCUCUGAACGAUCGACAGAAAAUUGCAGUGAAAAGAGUGUUGGACGGAACUUGCCGACCCAUGCCUUACGUUAUAUUUGGACCUCCGGGAACGGGUAAAACAAAGACUGUUGUAGAAUGUAUUGUUCAAAUAUUCAGCCGUGUGAAGUCUAGUAGAAUUUUAGUCUGUACUCCGUCAAAUAGUGCUGCAGAUGUAAUCGUACAACGUCUGGUGGAAAGUAAGUUAUUCGCUGAAGCCGACCUCGUUAGACUCAAUGCCUUCCAUAAUUCCAAAAAGGUUAUGCCAGACGACGUUAAGCCAUUCUGUAAAGACGUAGACAAAAUGUCUUUGAUUUCUAGUCAUCGUAUUAUCGUUUGUACUUGUGUAACUGCUGGAAAAUUUUAUAGUCUAGGUUUGACAGUAGACCAUUUCACUCAUUUGUUUUUAGAUGAGGCCGGACAGGCUACCGAACCAGAAUCGAUGUUAGCGAUUGAAUUAGUUGCAACAGGCAACGGACAGGUUGUCCUAGCUGGAGAUCCUCAACAGCUCGGACCGGUCGUACACUCCUACAACUCUAAAGAAAAUGGACUUAAGGUUUCAUUUCUAGAAAGGAUAAUGGCUCUGCCUCUGUAUCAGAGAAAUCCAGAAAAGUAUCGACAAGGAAACUAUAAUCCAUUACUAAUAACUAAACUAGUAGAAAAUUAUAGAUCCCAUUCUUGCAUUAUUUCGUUAUCAUCGCAAAUUUUCUACGACUCCGAACUCGUCUGUUCUGCCCCCAAAAGUUUACGGGACACGUUUUGCAAGUGGGAAGGAUUACCAAACAGGUCGUUUCCUAUGAUAUUCUGUGGAGUCAGGGGUGAAAAUCUUUGGGAUAGCGACAGUCCUUCUUGGUUUAAUCUGUACGAGGUCCAGCAAAUAAUUAAAUAUUUAAAAAGUUUAUAUGCUUUGGGAAUUUCGCCCAAUGACAUUGGUAUCAUCACUCCAUAUCGCAAACAGGUGGGGAAAAUCAAACAUAUGAUAAACAUGAAUCGAAUUGAAAUGUGCCAAGUGGGUUCUGUAGAAGAAUUUCAAGGCCAGGAGAGAUUGGUUAUAAUUAUUUCUACGGUUCGAAGUUCUAAAGAUCAGCUGAAUGCCAGACGCAACUUAGGUUUCCUGACCGAUCCGAAAAGGUUUAAUGUCGCAAUUACCAGAGCACAAGCCCUGCUCAUUGUGAUUGGAGAUCCAUAUCUCUUGUGUCACGAUAAACACUGGAGGAAAUUAAUCAGUUAUUGUUUGGAUCAGAAAUCGUACUGCGGAUCGGCAAUCUCCCUGGCAAAAAUACAAGAUUUGUCUUCAGAAGAAUAAUGAACUGUAGAACCAUAGUGUUUUAAUGCUCAUUCUAGAUGUACAGUUUUAUCUGUAAAUAAUGAUUUUAGUUUACCUCUUGUAUAAUAUGCAUAUGUAAAAUUUUGUAAAAAUCAUGUAAACAAAUGAACUGAAUGAGUAUGUAUUUUUAAUACAUUUAUACGGAUUUAGCGGUAAAAUAUAAAUUUGUUUUUUACCUGUAACGAGGUGAUUACAGGCAAUAUAUGAUUUGGAUACAAUUAGGUGAUACGACAUUUACCUUUAGAAGAAUAAUGAACUGUAGACUAUAGUGUUUUAAUAUUGCUCAUUCUAGAUGUACAGUGUUAUCUGUAAAUAAUGAUUAUAGUUUACCUCUUGUAUAAUGUGCAUAUGUAAAAUUUUGUAAAAAUCAUGUAAACAAAUGAACUGAAUGAGUAUGUAUUUUUAAUACAUUUAUAUGUAUUGAUCAGUGA